UUGAUGUUGAAGGGUUCCCCCCGUGGAGCAUAGGCAUUGAAACAGUGCUCAAACAUUAAAUUCCCAGACGUCUGGAAAUUUUGUGGUAUUUUUGUUGGGUUAAUUGUACUUGAUUUUGUCAGAACAUUGAUAAUACUUCGGCGCGUGACGACAUGACGAGAUUGCAGGAGAGUAUAAAAGAUCGGAGGCGUCCAAAAAUUUUAUUCACAUUAGCAAGACUAAUCGAAGCAUCAGCACCAUGAAGUUUUUGAUCCUCUUUAUUGCCCUCUUCGCCAUGGCCGCUGCCCUACCUCAGUUUGGAAUCGAAGAAUACGGUGAACAGCAGCAACAGCAGCAAGGAGGAUUUGGCGGUGGAUUCGGAGGUGGAUUCGGUGGUCAGCAGCAGCAGCAGCAAGGAUUUAGCGGUGGUUAUGGAGGCGAUUUCGCUGAUCAGCAGCAGCAGCAGCAAGGAGGCUUUGGAGGUGGAUUCGGAGGUGGAUUCGGUGGUCAGCAGCAGCAACAGCAGGAAGGCUGGUAAAGACCAAUUAAGGUUCAGAGCACCGCCUUAACGCAGAUACCUCAAUAAAAUACGACACUUUAAUUAUAAAAA